AAACACUACUCUACGUUCCACAUCCCAAUGGCCCAGCCACGAUCUCAAAUAACGUGCCGAUGACGGAGUUCAGUUUGGGUAGCGACACGAGCUUGAAUGCACUUGUUGAUGCGUGUGACUCAAUCAAGCAGAGCGCCAGUGCGAGUAGGAAUCGGGUGUUUGUAGCUGAAACGCAAGGUGGCCAGUGUGGGUACCUUGCCACCAUGGGUGUCAUGGCAACCGGUGCCAGCAUCGUCUACACUCCAGAGCAGGGCAUGAACCUUGACACACUUCGCCAGGACGUCAAAUUCCUGAAGAUCUGUUAUGGUCUAGAUGCGAAGGGCAAGAGUGAAGGACGCAUGGUCAUUCGGUCAGUUUUAUGUCUCAAACUCAGUGAACCUGCUGAGAUGAUUUCCCAGCAAUGAGUGCGCGUCGACGGUCUAUGGUUCUUCAAGCUUCGUUAGGCAACCUCUGCCCAUUGUACAUUUUGGCAG